UCUGCUUUCGCGGAAGUUUAACAUCUCUUCUAGAUCACGACACGGAUCAUGCCAAUAUCUUUAAAGAUCUAGACAUAGUCAUAGAUCUAUAUAAUAUUUAGAUUUUAGAUUCUAGUCUAAUUGGGUAUUAAGUUGAACGUUAUUUGAUCUAAUUCUAAUUUAGGUCUAUCUAUAAGUAUAAGUCUAUACUGUCUAUAGUAGACUAUAGAGUGUCUAGAUUAGAUUACUCUAGAUUCUAGCCUAGAUCUAGAUAAAUCUAAUUAUAAUAUUAUUUGAGAAUGGAUCAAGAUAAGGACUCACUGUGUCUACCAGACUAUUCAAUUCAAUAACUAAAAGAAAUCAAUUGAGUUGAUCAAACUUUCCUGUGAAGUCUUCAAUCAUGACAGAUCACACAAAGAUAACCCAAGAAACAUUUAUCAGAUUUCUUCCUUACAAUGUUUGUUUGCAAUUGGCUACACACCUGGAUGUUGGUGAUCUCUGGGAAGAAUUAGUAUCUGUCAUUCCUAAGAACCCCAACAUCUUAUUGACAGAUACAAAUGACAACUAUGAUUUAAGGUACAACAAUUCUCAGAUUCAGAAUUUAUCAAGCAGAAAUACUGCCAGAGGAAAGAGCUGUACAAGAGCCCUAAUAGUUGACUGGGGAAGGCAGAAUGUUACUGUUAAACAUUUAAUACAGGCUUUGAAAAGGGCAAGAUUAACAGCAGCAUCAGAUUUUUUAAUUAGUCUACUAGGCGAAGGUCCAACAGAACCUUUACCUCAGCCUCAAUUGUCAACCCAAAUUACAGACAUUAGACGCAUUGAUGUCAGUUAUCCUUCCAGCAGUGACUCAUGCUACAAUGUCAAGAUUGAUCAUGAAUGCUAUCAAAAUAAAGCAAAUACUGAAACUGGUGAAGACAACUUGGCAUCUGAGGCACGGAGAAUCUCCAUUUCUAGCACUGGCCAAAUGGAUGAUGUUAAAUGUAGUACGUCCAUAAAUAAUGUCAGUGACAUAAAUCAAGGCACUCCACCUGUAAAAGAAGAAAUAGCAUUGAAAGAUGUCCAAUUUGAAGUCCUUAAAAAAAUUACUAAUAAUUUUGAUGUCAGGACUGUUAAAGAAGGGGGCAAGCUGAUAGGAAGUGGAGGCUUCGGAAAAGUUUUUCUUGGCACUUUUCAUACUGGAUUUCAAAUAGCUGUCAAACUCCUAAUUUCUUGUUCAGAAGAUGACAUCCAAAGUCAAUUUAAAAAUGAAGUUGAGACCCUGUGCAAAUACAAACAUGAGAAUCUGGUCUUGCUAUUAGGCUACAGUGUUGAUGGUGACAACAGAUGCCUUAUCUAUCAGUAUAUGUGCAAUGGUUCUCUAGAGGAUAGACUUGCCUGCAACUUUAAUACGCCACCUCUCCAAAAUAAUCUUCGCUUCCAUAUUGCUAAAGGUACUGCUAGUGGAAUAGAAUAUCUUCAUGAAGGGGGAUUAAUUCACAGAGAUAUUAAGAGUGCCAACAUUCUACUGGAUGCCAAGUUCAACCCUAAAGUUGGAGAUUUUGCCACAGCUAGAGUGUCACCUAAGGGAGAAACCUCAACUUUAAAAACAUCUGUGAUUAUUGGCACACAAUCGUAUCUGGCACCAGAGGCUUUUUCUUUUGUGGUUCACCCUGGACUUGAUGUCUUCAGUUAUGGAGUAGUUUUAUUGGAAAUAUUAACAGGUCUUCCAGUAAUGGACCCUCAUAGAGAAGAUCAAGACUUAAAGAUCCAUGUCCAGGAAUUAUGUACUCCUAAUGAUGAAGGGGAAGCAGCAGGAACUAUUUAUGACAUUCUGGACACCAAAGGAGGCAACUGGGAUAGUGCUGUUGUAGAUGCCUUGUAUUCUAUAUCCUGUAGGUGUCAAGAAGUCAAGCAGAAGCGACCCAAAAUGGCAGCCAUACUUGAAGCACUUGAACUGACUGAUGUUAAAUGUUGACCAAAUACUUAUGGGUUGGGAAGUAUAGGGUUUGGAUUUAUCUUCUUGUUCAAUGGUACUUUGUGAAACAUACAAGUAAAGUUUCCCUUUAAGACUUUACGAUCUAUGGGGCAGAUGAUGUUAAGGUGAAACAUGUUUUGGCCAAAAAUUUGUAUGUCUUUUGUAGUCUUACUCAUUGUUAACAAAUUUUAUUUUGAAGUAAGAAAUGAAACCUAAAAAAUGUUGUGUAACAUAAGGAAAAAAACUUUGAUAUUUACAUUUAUGUCAUUGGUUACAGAUAAAAGUUUAAGUUUUCAGUUCUGUGUUUCUCUUACUGAUUAUGAACCUUAUUAUUAGCUGGUUCAUUAUCAGUAGAAACUUUGUGCCAGUCUUCACAUUUAUUCAGCUGCUACCUUGAAGUAUUUAGACUUAGCCUGCUACAUAUUUUUAAAAAAAAUGUUUCAUACAGAAAUUACUUGAACUCAUUUUAAUUUGCCUUUUUUUUUUAAAGAAGAAAACAAAACUGUGCUUCCACAUUAUUCCCAUCAAAGACAGUGGGUUUAAAAUGUUGUUGCAGGUUUGUCAGGAAUGAAGAAAGUGAUCCCCAAGAACAAUGGGGUCUAAAAUGUUUUCAUGCAUAAAACUCUUUUUUAUUUUUCCUCCAUUCUUUGGUUGAUAUUGUAAGAUUAGGAAGACAAUGAUAGAUGCACUUAACACUCAGGACUAAUUAUGAUACUAUUACAAGAGAAGAGCUGAAAAGGAAAUUGUUGUAUCCCUUUGGUUCUAGCUUGUUAUUUUGUUCUACUACUCUUUCUGUUAACAACUGUAACACCCUGGUCAGGAGGUCAGUUUUAUUUCUCCUUUAUAUUUCUUUCAAUGUACUAUUUUAUUUAUCACCCUUUUGUAUUAAUGUACUGUUUGUAUGAAUUUUCUUUUUUAUGUCCCCUUUGUUUAGAUGUACUGUUUUAUUUCCCCCUUAGAUGCUAUUUUUAACCUUUGUGUCCAAUUUAAGUUUGAAACAAGCUGUUACAUCAUGGCUUAUACAAAGAAACGAUCUAAAUUUAUAUAAAAACUUGGUCAAUAACAAUCUGGUCAUACAAAUAUAGGUCAGAAACUAGUGUUUGAAGCUGCAUUGUUUUUAUUUUAAAAUGAGUUGUUAUUAAUUAUGUUAUGUCUUGUUCUGUUGUGCUGCUUUCUUGAUUGGGCACUUUUUUUUUGUCUGAACUAUUUCCUACUCUCUUGUUCACUAACCCCUGGAUCUAAUGAAGGAAGUUCCAAUUGCUAUAGGCUGUUGUUUUAUUUUAUUGUAAACUUUUCAAAACAUCUUUUAUAUGUGCCAUAUUUUUUUUUACUAAGAACAUUGUCAACUGCUUCCAAUGUUGUUUUUGUAGUCAAUUGAUAGAAUGAAAUGUUUACAUCACCGGUGAUACUCUUGUUUUAUCAUGACUUUCUUAAUAAAAAAAACAAGUUUCAAAAGAUAAUGUUUAUGGUAAGGUCUAAUAAAGAUCCAAGAAAUGUA